AUGAAGUACACUGCAACCCUCAUCGCCCUCUCUGCCGCUUUCGCGAGCGCGCAGUUCACCAUCAACUCCACCACCGACGAAAUUACCUGCUACGGCAAUCCCAAUGGUGCUUAUUGUGCCAGCUCGUCCCUCUCAAGCAACAUCAUCAUUCGAUGCGUCAACGGUACAGGCCAGGCUGGAAAUUGCAACGAUAACCUUUCUGGCUACUUCCCGUACGGUCUCGAAGGCGCUGAGUGUUGGGAGACCAGCACCACCAGCGGAGAUGCGGCUUGCGCCAAGAACUGUAUUGUUGAAUGCGGCUCUGGCAACUGCGGCGAGUCGUUCACUCUUCCCAACUGCACACCAAGUGCCACUCAAUCUGCCUCAUCUACCUUGAGCACGGUUGUCUCCUCAUCCACAAGCUCCCCGGUCUCCCUCUCCUCCUCUUCAAUUACCUCAUCUCCCAGCGCCUCGACAACUCCCAGCACCUCUGUAACAAUUACCUCCACUGGUACCUCGAUCUGCACGACUGGUGGAACCACGGAAACUAUCACCUUCACAACUACAUACUGCCCAGAGAGCACCGCGUCGGCAUCCUCUUCCGUUGUGCUGACAACCACUCCGAUCUCAGCCACAACUUAUCCCCUCUCAACCGGAACUGGUUCUCCCUCUUCUUCCACUGCUGCUAGCAACGGCACUGCGACCAAGAGCGGAUCUGCCACUCCAGUGGGACCUUCAGGAACGACCACUGCAUCUCCAAGCACCUACACAGGAGCUGCCAUGGCCAACUCUGCGGGAGCCGGCUUAGCAGCCAUCGGUCUCUUCAUUGCUUACUUCCUUUAA